GAUAGAAGACGCACGAAUUCUACGAAAUGUUUAACCAACGUCAUUGAAAAUCAAGAGUUUUCACUUCCUCAACCAUGCAACCACAGAAAAAUCCAGAGCCAAUCACACUCUCUGCAUCCACCGUGGACCUCGGUUCCUUCGUGUGCCCUCGGGUCCUCCACGUGUCCUCAGAAUAGAAAAUAGCGAGACAUUUUCCGCCGUGCUGCUCCGCGAUACCUUUCCCGCAUACCGAUAAUGUUUCUAACAAUACGUCAUAAUGUUACGACGGCGAAUUGGUCAGAAUGUUUGCGCUCCUCGGCGGAGUAGAUUGGCGCCGGCCGUAUGAAUUCCCCAUGCAAUCCGCCUAAUCCUUCGACCGCGUCGGGAUGACCCGCGGGAGUUUCGGUCAACGGACAUAAAUACCGGACGCGGUGCCGGCCUUUCGCCACUCUGCUCGACGUAGUCGCAGACACCGGACAACGCUCGCCGACAGGAGAACGGCGCAACAGGUAAAGGAGACGUGGAGGACCGACUCGGGAGGGCACAAUGAAGAAACUAUUGCUGGUCACGACCCUGCUAUCGACAGCAAUGUCCGAGAAUAUCUUGAUGGAAAAUCAUUCGAGACCGCAGAGAGUAUGGAUUCGCGACAAGCAAUUAAAAAAAGUAAAGCGUAUGCCACAGGACGACAGCCCAUCCGAAGUAGAAGAACCCUCGAAUUACGAUGACGAUAGACAGUACCCUCGAAUCUCGGAUACACGAUUCAUCGGCGAACCAGUGAAAUUGCCCUCUGUAGCGCUUAUGAAGUGGCCCGAUACAGACAAGCUGAAACUGAAUAUCGGCAAACCGACGGUCCUGAUCUCAAUCGGCAUACCAGGAAUAAAAACAAGCGAUGAUUUGCAAGAAAAUUGCUCGAAGAAGAACCAUCGCAAGCACAAUCAAAACUGGCAGCUGCAGCAGCCGUUCUACGUCGAUGAGCCAAGAUGGAUCGAGAUCGAUCCCGAGUACGUUGAUAGUUCGUCAAAUGUGAACGGUGAUCCCUACAUAUUGUCGCGCGGUAAAAAGAUCUUCCGCAUUAAGAAUCCGGAACAAGCGAACAAGAUAGUCGAGAAUUCCGAUGAGUUUUCCGAUUAUUCGAGCAAAGGCAAACGAUCGUCAGUGAAAAAUCGAGUCCGAAGAUCCAUCGAGGUGGACGCGAUCGACGAGAAGGUUCACAACAUUGUUCAUCAAGAUCAAAGACCCGAUAAUGACGAAAAUUAUGCUGCUCUCAACGUGAACAAGAGGAACAUCAAAUCGGUAAUACCGAGAAACGAAAAAUUCGCUGAGGGUCGCAAAAAAUAUGAAACUCAUGCGGUUGACUGGACAGAUGCGAGCUCCGACAAAGAGAUUAAAAAGAAUGAAACGGAUGUGUUGGAGAACAAGGUCCAGGUCGACAACGUAGACGACACGUUCAUCUUGUCUCGCGGAAAGAAAUCAUCUGAGACGGAAACUUUAAGCAAACAAAAUGUAGAUCUCAAUCAUAAGAAAUUGAGCGACGAGCAAGACAAAUCAGAGAUUGCUAAUAAUGCAGGAGCGGCGGAUUCGCGACUGACUAGUCUGUUCGGCGAGUCCGAGGCUCCGAGAGCUUCCGUGAUGAGGGACCAUCCGGAUCGGGAGAAGCGCAGCGCCUGCGAGGGUCCGGGCUGCAUGUCCCCGCAGCUGCAGCUGCCGGACGAGUGGCUGAAGAACAUCGAGAAGGAGAUCCACGACUCCCUGUCGCUCGAACGAAGGGACAAGCACCGGGACAUCCUGGAGAGCCUGCGACUGAUGGAGCCCUACGUGAUCUCACGCGGGAAGAAGGCUUUGCACGCCGAGGACCGUCUCUACUCGGCACUGAAGUCGCGAAUCGUCAACGAUCAGGACAGUCGCGUCAGGAUGCUGCUGAAUCCGUCAGCUGCGAGGAGUCUCCUGAGGAUGCUGCUGAUGGCAAAGUCCAGGUGCGGCAGCGACAACUGCGACCGGAACACGCGCGAACCGAGCCUGCCGGACCAGCAGGAACUCGCGCCGAGGGAUCGGCGUGGCACGCUCGACGAGAUCCUCGCUGGAUACGAUCCGUUUUACGUGGCCAGGGGAAAACGCGGCAGUCUGGAGAACGUCCUGAAGAUGACUUCCUGGACGCGACCGUCGUGGAAUCAGAGAGACGUGUCGUUCAACAAGGAUGCCGCGCGAAACGACAAGCUUCAGUAGGUGCGCCGUGCAAAACGUGAUUCCUGGCUGCGUCCGACGUUAACGUUCGCGGUAACGUGUAACGCUUCGACGAGGAGGAGUGGCCGGUCUCUCAUCAGGCUGGGUCCUAUUGAAGGCUAAAAGAUCGUUGCGACGAGAAUCACGGCAAUUUUUUCAAAUGACACAUAUGUAUAGUAGGACGCCCGAUGAAUUACAUAACGCAUAAGAGUCUCUUAGUAAUAAAAAUAAAGAACUAUUAUUGGUUAUUGGAGAAUUGCUUGUGGAGCUUGCGAGUGUGCAACGCUUUUCCUCAUUUGGUUCUCGCAUUGAAAGUGCAAAAUAUAACCUAUGUGAUAAGAAUCGGUGAGAAAAUAUCCCGUUGCCUCACAUGCUGUGAAUAACUUUAUAGUUUAACAUCUUAAUGCGAUUAUGUUUAUCAAUGAGAAUUAUGUAUGAUGAAAAUGAUUACCUGAUAAACGUCGAUAUUUGCAAAAAUCAGCACCAACUCAUUUGACACUCGCACGCAUCGGGGAGGUUAGAAUUGUGACAGUUCAACUCAGUCGAUAAGUCAGUUGGGCGAAAUUACACAUUUCCAUUUUAUCUACAAACGGUAAAAAGUUUUUAAAUAUGCAUCAAUUUAAAUAUAUAUUAAAUUAUAAUCAAUAUAAAGAAUGAGAAAAAGACAAUUUAUAAAAUAGUAUAUGACAUAUAGCUGAAGUCUGUCAAAAACGUAAAAAAAAGAGGAUAUUGCCAACCGAGGAUAAAGAAAGAGAAGAAAGAAAUCUCUCGCGUGAGUUGAUUAUUAAAUAUAUAAUACAUAUAACACAAUAUGUAAUACAUAUAUUCAUAAUUGAUAACUAAUAAAUUAGCAGCAAAAUGUGCGUCAAACAUUGUGCUGAUUUUAAUACGCA